UAAAUCUGUUCAGUUGUACCCUGAGCCACCUUCUCAGAGUCACAUUGUGUGUGUGAGUGUGUGUGUGUGUGCUUGGAGGAGACACUGCCGACAUGAGGAUUCUUAUAACGUUGCUGGCUUUGUCCUGCGCUGCUCUGGUUGAGGCCCAGGUAGACGUGGAAUCUCAGGCAAAAGACUUUCUGCAGAGGUUCGACCAGAAUGCCACUGCAGAGAUGUACCAGUACUCGCUGGCCUCCUGGGCCUACAACACCGAUAUCUCCAAGGAGAAUUCAGACAAACUGGCUGAGCAGAGCCAAAUUUGGGGUAACAUCUACAGCCAGAUGUCAGAGGAGUCUGAAAAAUAUCCCAUCAACCAGAUCAAAGACCCAGAAGUAAAGUUCCAGCUCAUCUCCUUACAGGACAAAGGCUCUGGAGUUCUUUCUCCGGAUAAAGCGUCACACCUGAGUAACGUGAUGAGUGAGAUGAGUACGAUCUACAGCACAGCUACAGUGUGCCUGCUAGAUGACCCCUUUAACUGUCAGACUUUGGAGCCAGGUCUGGAACACGUGAUGGCCAGCAGCACAAACUACUCAGAGCGUCUCCAUGUGUGGGAAGGCUGGAGGAGAGAGGUGGGGAAGAGGAUGAGGCCUUUGUACGAAGACUAUGUGGACCUGAAGAACGAAGCAGCCAAACUAAAUGGCUUUGAGGAUUACGGAGCUUACUGGAGGUAUAACUAUGAGACCAUUGAGGAUGAUCCUCAGUUCAAAUACGACAGGAAUCAGCUGAUGGAUGAUGUUCGUGCAAUUUACAAACAAAUUUUGCCUCUAUACAAAGAGCUGCAUGCCUACGUGAGAGCCAAGCUGAUGAAGGUUUAUCCAGGACGCAUUGAUCCAGAGGGACCUCUACCUGCCCACCUGCUGGGUGAUAUGUGGGGACGAUUCUGGACCGACCUGUACCCUGUGUCAGUCCCCUACCCAGACAAACCCAACAUCGAUGUCAGCCAAACGAUGGUAGAUCAGGGUUGGGAUGAGCUUCGACUUUUCAAAGAAGCAGAGAAGUUUUUCAUGUCCGUGGGCCUGUACAAGAUGUUUGACAACUUCUGGACUAACUCCAUGCUGGUGAAGCCCAACGAUGGACGCAAGGUGGUGUGUCACCCCACAGCCUGGGACAUGGGCAACAGAGAGGACUUCAGGAUAAAAAUGUGCACCAAGGUCAACAUGGACGACUUCCUCACAGUGCACCAUGAGAUGGGUCACAACCAGUACCAGAUGGCUUAUCGUAACCUGUCUUACCUUUUGAGAGACGGGGCUAAUGAAGGUUUCCACGAGGCUGUGGGAGAAAUCAUGUCCCUCUCUGCUGCAACGCCGAAGCAUCUUAAGAGCUUGGGCCUUCUGCCUGCUGACUUUGUUUAUGACAAUGAAACUGAGAUCAACUUCCUGCUGAAACAGGCGCUCACCAUUGUAGCCACGCUGCCCUUCACCUACAUGCUGGAGGAGUGGAGGUGGCAGGUGUUUGCAGGGAAUAUUCCCAAAGAUGAAUGGAUGAAACGCUGGUGGGAGAUGAAGAGGGAGUUGGUGGGAGUUGUGGAACCGGUACCCAGGGAUGAAACUUACUGUGACCCACCUGCUCUGUUCCAUGUCUCUGGAGAUUAUUCUUUCAUCAGGUACUUCACCAGAACCAUUUACCAGUUUCAGUUCCAGAAAGCACUCUGCGAUGCAGCAGGUCACACAGGACGUCUGUCUUCAUGUGACAUCACAGGGUCCACAGAAGCAGGAACCAAACUGAGGAAUAUGUUAGAACUGGGAAGAUCCCAGUCCUGGACCAGAGCUUUGAAAACCAUAUCUGGAGACGUUCAAAUGGAUGCUGGUCCCUUGUUGGACUAUUUCAGAACACUUUAUGACUGGUUGAAGGAGGAGAACAAGAAAGAAAAAAGGGCUGUAGGCUGGAGGACAACAGUGGAUCCAUAUUCAGACUUCGCCAUAAAAGUCAGGCUUAGUUUGCUAGCUGCCAUGGGUGAGAAUGCUUAUUCCUGGAACUCCAAUGAGAUGUACCUGUUCAAGGCGAGUGUUGCUUAUGCGAUGAGGCAGUACUACAGCCAAAAGAACCAGACCCUUCUGUUCACAGCAGAAAAUGUUCUCACCUAUAAUGAAACGCCCAGGAUCUCCUUCUACAUCUUGGUUACCAACCCGGCAACUCCAUCUAUCUUCAUCCCAAGGGCCGAUGUGGAAGAAGCCAUCAGGCAAAACCGAGACCGAAUCAACGAUGCCUUCCAGUUAGGCGACCACACACUGGAGUUUGUGGGAAUUGUCCCGACUCUGGCUUCACCUAAUGAGCAGCCAGUGGAGGUGUGGCUGGUAGUCUUCGGCGUACUGAUGAGCAUCGUGGUAUUAAUGGGUGUCUACCUAAUCAUAUCUGGUAUCAAAGAUCGCAAGAGGAAAUCUGCAAAGCCAGCUGUGGAGAAUCCUUACAACCUAGAAGGACGGACUAAUAACGCCUACGAGGACAUGGAUAAUGAACAAACCGGACUGUGAGAUACUGAAUAACAGAGGAGAGAUUUGUCCUCAUAGAUAGAAAAACCACCAUUUAUUUUGUCUUGCUCAAGAAAAAUUAUAUAUGUGCAAAAUGUAAAUAUGUCUUUAAAUGUUUGGUACCAGUUUACAAUAAGGCUCCCCUUUAAAUGACUGAUAGAUUGUUCAUAGUUGUGU